AUGAACUUCAACUUGGCUCCAUUCUUCAGCAAUGACCUUCAAGAUGAAGGACCAUGUGCAUACCCCUCCACACCUCUUCAACGCCCUUAUUAUCUCUCCAAUGCUGGGACUCCCAGUACACCUAGCCACCAUUCAGAUUCUCCUCCACGCUCUCCAUCAUUAGUUUCUACAACAGGGUCAGCAGCCAAUGCAUCAGAUGCAGAUGAUGACGUAUUACCUUUAACGCCUGACUCCAAGAGUUCAUUUCGCAUCGCUCACAACGGAGCUUGGCUGCACAAACUAGAAUAUUCUCCUAAGAGCACACACCACAUUUUUUUUUAUGGCAGUUCAUCCAGCGGAGCUGGACCGCAGACUCAAAGUUGUCCUCCUGAGAGUGAACACAACAGUCUUCCUAAUCACAGGCCCACGGUUUUUGAGGACCAAAGUCUUUUUGAUCGAUUGUCGGGCAGAUAUGUCGAUCCAAAGGAUACAUCAGAAGCUCUCAGCGAGAGGGCUAAGAAGUCAUACAUGAGAAUUUUGCAAGACCUUAACGUAACCACUUUCCAAUGCGCUAUUCAAUACCUGGAAGCCGUUCACGAACGCCACCGCAUGCUCUAUCACGCCGCAUGUUGGGAAGUUUCUGAACACGCAAGACGGGAAGCUCUCGCUCGCUCCAUGUGUGAAACUUUGAAACAUAACUUCGUGACAGCGGAGCAAGAAGUCCGGCUUCUGCUGGAAAUCUUCAGUCAACGCCUAGCACUAUCCCAUCAUCCUGUCGCGAGCUGUUCUGUCGAAGCCUCUGAAAUAAGCAGAGCUUCUGUCCGUCGGACUGACGCCGUACUCAGCAUCGUAAAUGGUGCCAAAGAGCUGCGUUCUGGGGAUAGCUGGUAUGUGCUACUUUAG